AUGUUAGCCGUGGGGCAGAUGGACGGGUCCAGACAGAGCGCUUUCCUCUUAAGCACCCCACCUUUAGCAGCUCUGCAUAGCAUGACGGAGAUGAAGACCCCACUCUACUCAGCCUACCCGUUAUCUUCCACCGGGCCGGCCUCUUCUACCUCACCUGCUGCCACCUCUCCAAACCCCGGUGGCAUCCCGGUGUCCUCACCGGGGAUCAAAACAUCCUCCGGAAUGUCAUCUCUCGGAUCCCCCCAUCAAUUCAGCGCGCUAGGAACACCUCAUGGAAUAAACGACAUCCUCAGUCGUCCCUCGAUCCUCUCCCCAGGAGCUGCUGCUGCCGUUGCUGCGUCCUCUUCUGCCGGAAUCUUGUCCGGAAUGCCCCGCUUCAGUAGCUUGAGCCCCCCGCCACCCCAUGGGCUCUACUUCAGCCCCAGCGCUGCAGCAGUGGCAGUGGCUCGCUACCCCAAGCCGUUGACAGACCUUCCAGGCAGGACCCCGAUAUUCUGGCCAGGAGUCAUGCAAAGCCCACACUGGAGAGACGCCAGAUUCGCAUGUUCACCCCGUAAGUAACUAGUUCACGUUUUUUUAGCUAUCUGAACUUCAAUGUAACUUAUUUUGAUGGUUAAUGUAUAGGCUGCAGGGGUUAUUAAUAUUUCCCCAGUAGCCUAUGGUAUUUAAUCCUAAAAACCGAAGCAGAUCUGACUUGAAUGUCUAGCUGCAAUGUGCAUUAUUAUAAUGGACCAAGAAAAGCUUAUAUUAAGUUGAUUAUGAUAUCAUAUGAGAAUAUUCUAACAUUAGGCCUAUUCUAAUAUCUUAUAAAUAUUAAAUAGCCUAAUAUUGGCAUAUUCUAUCAAUAGGCUACAUUUAGUUUAAUGGACUAGAUGCUUUAUGUUUUACAUUUUCAGAUCAGAAUUCUGUACUGCUCGACAAAGAUGGAAAAAGAAAGCAUACACGUCCCACCUUCUCUGGACAACAAAUAUUUGCCCUGGAAAAGACUUUUGAACAAACGAAAUAUCUCGCUGGGCCGGAGCGAGCACGAUUGGCCUACUCGUUGGGAAUGACAGAGAGCCAAGUGAAGGUAAGACAUAUUCUGAAAUAGUCUUUAUAAAAUCCAACAAGAUGCAUAAUAUUGUUUAAUAAGUAGCAUAUAGUUAACCUGCCACUAAAGGGGAGCACACAGGCCUCUUGUAGCCUCUGCUACUAAAUUUGAAGUGUUCUCACGUUUUAAUUUGAAGUGCCUCUUGUAUUUUAGACAGUGUUUUGUCCUUCGUUUCAAUAUUCAUAAAUAGAAAGAUAUAGCCUACAAUUUCAGUCGAAUAACAGUGGUCAAACUAAUCUAAAUUGAAAUGACUGUCUAUUGCAUUUAAUAUUAAUGAAUCGUUAAAAAUCAUUCUCAAAUAGGCCUAAUUGUUGUCAUAUUCACAACUAUAAAUAUUUCUAAAAUAUUUGUAUGUAUAUUUAAUAAAUUAAUAAUAAAGGAAACUAUAAUUUAACGAAGCAUUUUGUUAAUUUAUGUCAUGCAAAUGUGGAAACAAUGUUAGCAACGUUUUGCAGUGCAGAGCAGCACAUAGAUAAUAUACAUGUUUGCCAACAACAUGGAAGGACGCAAAUAAAACCCAUAUUAUCUCUUUAGAAAAAUAUUUAGUCAAUUUUUCUAAAUGCAUGAUUAGAAUGAAAUGUAACCUAUUAUUAUUUGGACAUGUGGUGACUUCACGUGACCUAGGCAUAUGCCCUUUUAAUUUGGCAUAUUAGCAAUAUUUGUAGGCCAAGGCUACAUCAUUUAUAUGCAAAUUAUGUCUGAUGGUUGUUAAUCAAUAUCUUUGCAAUAGAUUAAAGUGUUCUUUGUUGAUUGCAUGUAAUCAAUGAAUAUCAACUUUUUAGGUGUGGUUUCAAAACCGAAGAACGAAAUGGAGAAAACGGCACGCGGCUGAGAUGGCUUCGGCAAAGAAGAAGCAGGAUUCUGAGACCGAGAGGCUGAAAGGGGCUUCGGAGAACGAAGACGAUGAUGAUGAUUAUAACAAGCCGUUGGACCCUAACUCAGACGACGAGAAAAUAACACAAUUACUGAAAAAACACAAACCAAACUCCUCACUCCUUAUUCAUACGUCAGAAAACGACAGUUCGUAG